CUCACUAAAAAGAGUUGUUAUUCUCAUCUCUACUCCCUACUUCAUGAUGUAGUACCUAACUCUAUGGACGAAAGUUCCAACCUUUACCAAUUCAUUCCACCUUCCAAAUCGAAGUCGUUUGGAACUUCUCCUUCACCAUCACCAUCAAACUGCGCGAAAAUUGUAAAACAGGUCACCACACUGUUGGCGGUUGCCAUGGGUAACGAUUUGGGGUUAUUUGGUUACCAAUCAAAGCACCAGCAGCAGUGUGCCACCGAAUCGAACUAUACGUGGAAAAGCCAGUAGUGUGAAGAACCCGCGCACCGUAUUGUAUACGUUUCCGUCCGAUUGGCAAAUCCUGCCGAAAACGAAUCCCUGAUUCAAAGCGUGUUUGUUUUUUUGUUGGACCCCUUUUCGAAAUUAUCUAGCGCGGGUGUAUGGAGACACGUGGAACGGGCAGUCGGUUACCCUCGGAAUAAAUAAAUGUUUACCGUGCCGUUGAAGUUUUGUGACGGGUUGUCGUAAAAUUGAUUCACCAAAACGAGCCUUCGGUUCGGCAGACUCGUAUCGUCCCCCCCGGAUAACUGUGGAAAGUGACCGACCGUGCAGGGGGUUUUGCGGGAGUGAAACGAUGCUAGUGAGGGCAACCAAUUCAAAGGACGCAGAAGACACAACGUCGUCGACAGAGUUGGCCGAUUCGGCGGAACCUGGUGCAAUAUACCCACUGGCUGUGCGCGAUAGAAGCUUCAUGGAGGAACUGAAGGACACGAGCAUCCAUCAUACAGCCCUUCGGCUAGCGGAGGACGUGAAAACGAUGAAGCUGUACUGUAACCUCUACAAGACGGUGCAAAAACUCUCCUGCUCACCGGAGGUGGACAAGGACGAUAUGAAGCAAACGCUCGAAAAUGCAAUCAAAGCGAACGGACUCGAAACCGAAAUACGGAACGUGAUCUACCAUCUGAUCCGGAAUGCCGUAAAAAGUGACACUCGUCCAACGCCCGCCAGCAGCGAUCCGUUGAACUAUCUACGCCGAGCAGGUAUCCAAUGGGAACGACGGGUACGCAAGUCGUUGAACUCGAUGUGCUCGGAAUCGAAAGCGCAACUGCACGGUCAGAUGCGUACCGCAUCCGACCGGGAGGAGAUCCUCUCCAAGUGGGACGAGCUCAGCACCUAUCAGAUCGAUCUCAGCAACUAUCGACCGGUGUACGCUCCCAAAGAUCUGCUCGACGUGCUGCUAUCGCUCAAGGGACCGAUGAAGCAGGAUGAGACAGAUUUUUUACCAAAGUGGGAAUUUUCACACAUAUCCCUUACGGUGAAGAACCUCUGCCAGUUGCGCACACACUUUUCGGAGGUGCUAAGAAAUGAUAACAACUUCGGGGACUGGUCGGUCACGUGCCAGAAGGUUCUCAAAAAACGUCAUGCACCACUCUGCCAGCAAGCGCUCAAGAAGGGAGUCACGCCGCCACCGUUGCGUGGGGCACUCUGGUCCUACGUACUUGGCAGUCAGGUCGAACAACAUCACGUUGAACAUUGGGAAGCACUGCGACAGUCGGUACUGACCAAUGAAUCCAUAGUGGACAAAUUGGUUUUUAAGGAUGUACAGCUGACCGCAACCAAUGACGAUCGUUAUUUCGUGUUUGAGGAUGUGCUUUAUCAGAUUAUGCUCUGUUUCAGUAGAGACACCGAAAUAAGCCAGCUCAUCCAGGUGGAGUUUACCAACUCCGCAAAGGCGAAACAGUACGAAGGGCCACCGUGUGGGUUUGUCCCGUUUCAUGGAAUCUGUAUGUUGGCGGCCCCAUUUUGUUACCUUUACGAUAAUCCCGUAUCGCUAUACUACACCUUCCGAGCGUUUUACAUCCGUUACUGCCAUCGACUGACGACGAUCAACACCCAUCCACAGGGUAUCGUGAGUUUGUGCCUCCUGUUCGAGAAGUUGCUGCAAACGCACGAACCACAGCUAUGGUCACACUUCCGGGAGCUUCAAAUUCAACCGAUUCGCGUAGUGUUCAAGUGGUUGAUGCGCGCAUUUAGCGGUCAUCUACCACCGGAACAACUGCUCAUACUGUGGGAUUUAAUUCUCGGCUAUGAUAGCCUUGAAAUAUUGUCCCUGCUUGCCAUCAUCAUACUGAGCUUUCGGCGAGAAAGCUUGAUGCAAGUAACGUCGGUAGAGAACAUCGAAGCCAUCCUGUCCGAUCUGUCCUCCGUCAAAGUACUGCCACUGAUUCAACUUACACUGUCACGGGAUUAAAACUGCCGAUUGCUAAACAGCGCCUACUGCCGAAUGAAAAUAGAUCAAGGUUUUCGUUAACACUAUUAA